GUUCCUGCAACCCGAAUGGCUCUCUCCCACACCAUCCCAUCCCCCACCCACAUCCCAUCACAGCAGCUACUCCACUCCCACCACCCACUUCUCGCCUCGCCAAUCAGUUUUAACUCACGUCUCGCUUUUCAUCUCUGCCGUCCGUUCGCCGCCCCAUACGAGCCAGCCAUGGCGGCAGCUCGCCACACGUCGCUAGUCGCCGCGGCAGGCGCCCUUGCAAGUCCGCGGCUGUCGACCUCGUCAGCCGUCUCCCGCCUCUCCUCCGCGCACGCCUCGUCCUCCUCCCUCGCUGCCCCGCUUUCCGCUCCUCUCCGCCUCCCCGCCCCGCGUCAUGCCCCCGUCGCCGCCACCGCCGCCAUUCCCUUAUCCCGCCGAGUCGCUUUCCCUGCCGCCACGUCAGUGAGAGGAUCGCCGCCGUGCGCGCGACGCUGCCUGAUAGUGGCGGUGCGAUCGGCGGAAGGGGAUGCCGCGCGGGACGUAGCGACAGCUGCGGAAUUGGUCCCCGCGGAACGACAACCGGCGGAAGCAUCAGCUGCGGAAGCGCGAGCAGCGGAAGCUCCAGCAGAGGGAGCAGCCACGGGCGCAGCCACGGGCGCCGCAGCCGCGGGAGCGGAAGCGGGGGCAGCGGCUGACGCUGUUUCGAGUGCGGAUUCGUCGGUUGUUGCCGCCGCUGGGUCGGAGGAGGCGGUAGAGAAAUGGAAUUGGUCGACGUCGUGGGAGCCCAAGGCGGCGCUGGGCGUGCUGCUGCUGUCGGUGCCUGUGGUGCCCGUGCUGCCGCGCUGCCAGUGGUCCGCGCCGCUCUACUUUGGGCUGCUCGCGCUCUGGGCCGUCUACGUGGGCAGCCACCGGAGUCUCACCCGCCCCCCAGUGCAAGCAGUGAGCAUGCAGCAGGGCAUAGCGGUGCCCAUCCUCUGCUCCUGCACGCUCUUCGGCCUCUACUGCCUCCUGCGCUUCGCCCCAGACCUCGACCUGCGCCUGCUCUUCUCCUCCUACCUCACGCUCGUGGGGGGCGUGGCCGUGGCCAGCCACCUCGCUGACCCGCUCAAAGCAGCGCUGCCGAAAGAGAUCAACGACAGGCUCUCGGUGUCUGUGGACAUCCCCUCGUGGCUACUAGAGAGCUCCCCCCCCUCCUCCUCCUCCUCCUCCUCCACUUCCCCAUCCCCGUCCGCCGUGGCACCAGCAGCCCUCACUCUCUCCGCUACUGACGUGCUGUCCGCUGCCUUGGGCAUGGCGGUGGCAGUGGCGUCCAUGCAGCCCUCGGCGCCCUUCUCCCUGGGCAACAUAGUGGCCGUCUGCAUCGUGUCCGAGGUGCUGCAGAUGCUCUCGCUCAGAAGCUUCGCGGUGGCGUCAGCAGUGCUGCUGGGCCUGCUUAUGUACGAUGUCUUCUGGGUCUUUGGCUCCUCGCCCAUAUUCGGAGACAACGUCAUGGUCACGGUGGCCACAUCGGAUGCUCUAGUGGGCCCCAUGAAGCUCGUCUUCCCCCGCUGGACGGUGGACGCAGCAGCCCCCUACUCCAUUCUGGGCCUGGGAGACGUCGCGGCGCCAGGCCUUCUCAUGGCGCUCAUGCUCCGAUUUGACUCGCACCGCUCCUCCUCCUCUGCUGCUGCUGCCACUGCUGCUGAAGAUGGUACCGCAGAUGCAGCAGCAAUGGGGGAGAGCAGCAGCAGCAGCAGCAGCAGCAGCGGGGAGGCGCAGGGCGGGCAGCGGGGGCUGGUGGUGGCGGUGCCGGAUGGUGCGCGGCUGGAGGACAAGACCUACUUCCUCGUGUCCGUCGCCUCGUACCUCGCUGGGCUCGCCAUCACCAUAGGAGUGAACACGGUGACGGGAGCAGCUCAGCCAGCGCUGCUGUACCUGGUGCCGUCGCUGCUGCUGGGGGUGUCGGCUGCUGCAGCAUCCAGGAGCGAGCUUGAUGUGCUGCUGCGCUUUGAUGACACUGCAGGGGGGGCAGGUGGGGAGGGCAUGGAGGGGGGGAGGGGGGGAUUGCUGUUCAAGCCCGUGCCGGUGCAAAGGGAGAGUGACAGAUCAAGGGAGUGAUCUGCACUUGCAGCAGGUUAUGUAAAGGAUCGUGGUAGAUGCAAGUUCAAAAUUUUUAAUGUAUUAAGGUGCUUCUCCAUUGUUCUAACAAGCUGCCAAACUUCUCUUGGCACUUUGUGCAUACAUGCAAGGACUCUUGUGUCACUCUAAAGAAGUUCAUCUACCACAAUGAAUG